AUGGAAAGAUCCGCUGCUUCACCCACCGGGAGUAAACAGAUUCCCGAGAAGAUGAACCAGGAAACCAAUAUUACCCUGCCAAAAGUUAUGGAGAUUGUAGAACUGUACUCCAGGCUCUCGGGCCUGCAGAUCCUCAAUGUCCUGGGUUUUAAAGACUUCUUGAAGAUCUCCAUGGGAUUUGAUGACCAGUCUUUUGUCCCUCUAGUGGACCAGGAUUCCGAAGGGAAAAAUCCAACGGAAAGCAAUGCGUUUGUGCCUGAGAUAAUCAAUGACUGGAAUAUAGAGAAACAUCGGGUAUCUUCAGAUUUUGAAGCAGAUGAUUGUGAUAUUAUACAAGAUAUAUAUGAAGAACAUGCCAACAUCCAAGAUAUACCCUCAUCCAUUCACAGCAAAAAUGUAUCACUUGAUCUUUUUAAAUAUGUCCAAGCUUCUGAUUCAUCACAGACUGUAACAGAAAAUAAAGGUCUCAGAAGACGUGUUAAACAUCAAACAGCUAAUGUAAGAAAGAAGACAUUUUCAUGUUUAGAAUGUGGUAAAUGUUUUAGCUAUAAAUCAGGAUUUGUUAGACAUGAGCGAAUUCACACAGGGGAGAAGCCCUUUUCAUGUUCAGAAUGUGGGAAAUGUUUUAAUCAUAAAUCACAUCUUGUAAGACAUGAGAGAAUUCACACAGGAGAGAAGCGAUUUUCAUGUUCAGAAUGUGGCAAAUGUCUUAGCCGUAAAUCAGAUCUUGUUACACAUCAGAGAAUUCACACAGGAGAGAAGCCGUUUUCAUGUUCAGAAUGUGGGAAAUGUUUUCAUCGUAAUUCAUCUCUUCUUAAACAUCAGAGGAUUCACAAAGGGGAGAAGCCAUUUUCAUGUUCAGAAUGUGGGAGAUGCUUUCGCUACAAAUCAGCUCUUGUCACACAUCAGAGAAUUCAUAUAAGUAAGAAGCCAUUAUCAUGUUCAGAGUGUGGUGAAAGUUUUCAGAAAAAAUCAGCUUUUCUUAUUCAUCAGAAAAUUCACACAGGAGAUAAGCUAUAUUCAUGUUCAGAAUGUGGUAAAUUUUUUAACCAUAAAUCACAUCUUGUUAUCCACCAGAGAACUCAUACAGGGGAUAAGCCAUUUUCAUGUUCAGAAUGUGAUAAAUGUUUUAACAGUAAAUCUGCUCUUGUUAUCCAUCAGACAAUUCACACAGGAGAGAAGUUAUUUUCAUGUUCAGAAUGUGGGAAAUGUUUUAACCAGAUAUCACAUCUUGUUAUCCAUCAGACAAUUCACACAGGAGAGAAGGUAUUUUCAUGUUCAGAAUGUGGUAAAUGUUUUAACCAUAAAUCACAUCUUGUUGUACAUCAGAGAACUCACACAGGGGAGAAGCCAUUUUCAUGUUCAGAAUGUGGGAAAUGUUUUAGCAGUAAAUCUGCUCUCGUUAUCCAUCAGACAAUUCACACAGGAGAGAAGCUAUUUUCAUGUUCAGAAUGUGGGAAAGGUUUUAACCGUAAAUCACAUCUUGGUAUACAUCAGAGAAUUCACACAGGAGAGAGGCCAUUUUCAUGUUCAGAAUGUGGUAAAUGUUUUCAACAAAAAUCAGUUCUUGUUAAACAUCAGAGAAUUCACACAGGAGAGAGGCCGUUUUCGUGUUCAGAGUGUGGGAAAUGUUUUAGGCAUAAAUCAGUUCUUAUUACACAUCAAAAAACUCACACAUAAAAUAAGGUAUCUUCAUGCUUAGCCAGUUAGUGACCGCCUUUGCAUGUUUUUAUGGUGGUCACUAACUGACUUUAUUCCAUCAGAUACUUUUUUUAUUUUUAUAUACAGUGAGCCCCAUUGACUCUGCUCUUACUAGAUGG